UAGUCUUCCUGGUUCUGAAAAAGGUCUAGACCAUUGUCUCAUUGUUUGAUAUUUUUCAAUAUAAAAGGGGUAAAUUAACUUUCAGCCAGCAGAACUCAUCAGUGCUUCAAACUGUAACAAUCAGCGACUAAUCUCCUCAGAAAUCAACAAUCAUGAAGUGCAUCGCAGCUGUAGUCAUGAUGGCCCUGGCCGUUGUUGCUGAAGGAAAUCUGCUGUCCUACUCUGUUCCAUUGGCCUACUCCGCACCCCACACCACUGUUGUCCAGCAGAACGUGGCCCCUCGAUACAUCUCCACGGUUCCAGUGACCUCCUAUGCCGCUGCUCCAGUCACCUACGCUGCCGCCCCUGUGACCUACACCGCUCCUCACACCACCGUCGUCCAGCAGAACGUUGUCCCACGUUACGUCGCUCCAGUGGCCUAUGCUGCUCCCUCGGUCGUGGCCUACAACUCUGUUGAUUCGGAAGUCGUUGAAGCAACCCAUGUGGCCGCCCCAGUUGCCACCGUCGUUGCUCAACCAGCCGUGGCCGUCGUUGCCCAGAAGGAAGCUCGGUAUGUUGCUGCCAACCGUGGAGCCGUGCAUGAUGCUCCUCUUGCUGGACACACCGUUUCUCAGCAAUCGCUCAAUCUGGAACCUGCUGCGGGAACUGUUUAAAGCGAUUGAGGUACCUGACUUGAUAUACUAUUUUGAUGAUUGAAUUCCAAUUGAUGAGUGGAUCUGAUGAAGAUGAAUAACAAUUUCUUAAAAAAUGA